CCAAUUUCCGAACCAUUUGUUUCCGGAAUACUAAACUGGAGAUUUAUGUCUCAUAUAUAGUUUUGAUUCCAAGGCCAUCAAGCUAAUAGCUUUGUAAUUGAACUCCGUUGUGCCAUGAAAUUUUAGCUUCUUUAGAACAUGGCAAUAGCUUUUUCCUGAUUACUCUUUUGGAGCAACGGAAGAUGUCUGUGCAGGCAUUCUUUCUUUUCCAAGCGACAGAUGAAAACUGGGGCAAACUUGUUGCACACAGCUCUGCAUGAAUUUUCUAAGACAAUUAGGAAAAGGACACCAACCAAAUUAUCCUCUCCCAUGGGAUGCUUGAAAAUUAAUGGAGUACUUCAAUUCCCUACAUCCAUGCCAAAUUCAACUCAGACGUCACAAGCACUGUCGAGCAUAAUGAUAGCUGAAGAAUCUGCUAUCAUCUCCCAGUCUUGGAAGUAUAGUUGUUUCACUAUUUCUGAUUAAGAUGGAGAAAUGUCAUGCUCCUCAGGUGUUUGUACUGACAGGAAUGCAGAAGUCCUCAAUCCAUAACAAGCAAAUUGAGAAAAGAAAGAAGAAACAGCACUGAAUUAGUGUUCUUCUCUGAUCAAGAGGUUGCAUGGUUCAUGGCUAUUUGGUUAACAAGUCAUGUUGAUUCUGCAACGUGAGGUACAGAAAGUGUGGUAUGGCUCCAUUUUGCAACCUUCCAGUUUGAUAAGAAAGAGGAGAAACCCAACAAGUCCUUAAGUGCCAUCAGCCCUUUCAAAUGGAUGCGAUUAUUUUAUAUUUAAAAGUAAAUUAUUGCUUUCAUUUCUAAUGUCUGGAAGGAAUCACCGAUUGCGAUUUCUGGGAAAUAAUCAGAUUAUAUUGGUUCAGAAUCUAAUGAAGGUUGACAUUCUACUGCAUUUUCUAUGGGAACAAGAAUGUUAUUCUAACGUUGGUGCUUCAAAAUUCUCGUCUGAUGGAUUACUUAAUCCAUUGCUUUCCUGCUGAUGCCCAUGACAACUUUCUUUCAGAAAGCAAGGAAUAACUGCUCCUAAUGUAAUGGUAUAUCAAAUGACUGGGAAAUGCAACCAACAUUGAUAGUUGACUUCCACCUUGAAUGAAAAUGGCUAGUCUCUUUUUAAGCAGAAGGGUUGGUCACUAUUCCAUACAGGCUAAUGAUUGUCCAUGUGGAAGAUAUAUCAGAUCCACAACCCAUACUUGGUGUAGAAAAGAGCCCCAUGUAGCAGCAGAACAAUGCAGAACUUCACUGUAACCCUUCCAAAUGUGCCCAUCAGUAAACAACCUUGUUUUCUUGGUGCAGCAGAGCUUGUUUUCAUGAUGAAGGGACCAUCUCAAGCAAUUCCAUUACAGUGGCAGGAUUAUUGAGAGAAGCUGGUUUUCUUAUGGCUGAUUAUGUUAAGUGUUUGGUAUGGUUUGGGUUGCCAUGGAUACAUGUUCAAUGUGUGCUUAUGAAGAGGCAUUUUUUUGUCAAAGUAAACUCACCUCUUUAAAGUAUAUAACAGAGAAUGGGAUAAAACUUUCAAGGAUAUUUUUUUAUUGUACUGAGCCUUGUCUGUUUCCUAAUCAAUGAAGGUUGGUUGAGCACUUCAUAUUUCUGAAGAGCCAAUGAGAUAGCAGCACAGUUGGUUACAAGGACUGGAGUUGGAGACAGUACUUCUAGGGGCUUCCUGUCAAAAACUUUCCAUUAUUUUUCCUCUCUGUCUCUCUCUCUCAUCUGUGUCCCCAUAAAGUUUGCAGACAAUCUCACAAGGACAAGAUCUUCAAUAUAGUACUAUGGAUGAACACAAGGCUUGAUAUGAUUACUAUUCACAGGAGGAAAGAUGAGAAUCAUAAUGGACAGGGUCUAUCAGAUGAUUCAGCUAUACAAAAAGUACUAAUAUCCUAAGGUCAUUUUGGAAGGAUACUUCCAUACAAUUUUCUGCUUCUCUGUCUCUGUGCCUGGAAGAGUUCCUAUUAAUUUCGGCCAACUUGUGCUUCCUGAAAGUAAAGUGUGCUUGUCGAAGCACCAAACAAGUUUGAGAGAUCAGUAUACGAAGGAUCAUCAAAGUUUCAGGAUGGUGCAAGAGGGAGAAGAAACUUGGAUUGCUGAUCACAGAGUUGGAGAAACUGGCCUUUCUGAUCCUCGACUUUCAACUCACGGAAUUCAUGGCACCACUCCAGCUGCAACUAAGUUCUUUGAUCAGGAAGAAGCUUCUUAUUUUGGGGGUCUGGAGGAGGCUCUUAUGGAUGGAGUAGAUGGCAUAAGAGAAACUGAAGACACUUUUCUCACAGCCAGACCCCCAACACUUCAGAUCUUCCCAUCAUGGCCAAUGAGAUUCCAGCAAUCUCCCAGACCGGGGAGUUUGUGGUCAGCAAGGAGCAGUGCUUCAAGCUCAGCUCAAAACACUGCAUCUCAUCCAGAAUCAGACAAUCCAGCAAGCAGAAUGGCCUCUUCAGACCUGUGUGCUGACCACAAGCAGCAACAAGAGGUGAUGAUGAGAAAGAUGACUGGUUCAACUGCAAGGAAAGACGGAAAGGUACUUGAUCCUAAGAGAUUAAGGCGAUUAGCUCAGAAUCGUGAGGCAGCAAGGAAGAGCCGCCUGAGGAAAAAGGCUUACGUGCAACAAUUAGAGACCAGCAGAAUUAGGCUGCAGCAGCUCGAGCAAGAUCUACAUAGUGCAAGAUUACAGGGUGUGUUCUUAGGAGUCGCAGGCUGUGCAAAUGGAUCUACGAGUUCCAGCGCUGCGAUGUUCGACAUGGAGUAUGCUCGAUGGUUGGAUGAGAACUGCAAACACAUGUCGGGGCUUCAAGGUGCGAUACAAGCUCACCUUCCUGAUGGCGACCUCGGUGUCAUUGUAGACCAGUGCGCCGCGCACUACGACGAGCUCUUCCGGCUGAAAGCCAUCGUCGUCAAGUCCGACGUGCUCCACCUCUUGAACGGGGCAUGGAGGACUCCGGCGGAGCGCUGCUUCCUGUGGAUGGGCGGAUUCAGGCCCUCCGAGCUUCUCAAGAUGGUGGUGGCUCAGCUGGAUCCGCUGACGGAGCAGCAGUUCAUGGGGAUCUGCAACCUCCAGCAAUCGUCACAGCAGGCGGAGGAGGCGCUCUCGCAGGGCCUCGAGCAGCUCCACCAUUCAUUGGCUGACGCCAUUGCCGGUGGCUUCCUCAGCAAUGGCGUGGCCGAUGGAAGCUACAUGGUGAUCGCAUUAGGGAAGCUCGACAACCUCGAAGGACUAGUCCGCCAGGCUGAUAAGUUGAGACAACAGAGCUUACACCAAUUGCGCAGCCUCUUCACCACCAUACAAGCAGCAAAAUGUUUCCUAGCAAUCGGAGAGUACUACGCUCGCCUGCGUGCUCUCAGCUCGCUAUGGGCGUCUCGGCCACGAGAGAGCUUGAUCAGAAACGAUGGUGUUGUCUCUACAUCAACAGACCUGCAAAUCGUUCAUCAACCACUGCAAAAUCAUUUUCCAUAUUUGCCUCUUUGAGCUCAUUCUCAUGAGAGAGAGAGAGAGAGAGAGAGAGAGAGAGAGAGAGAGAGUGUGUGUGUGUGUUGUUGAUCAUGGCUAUUGAACAAUGUGUGCAUGUAUUAUAUGUACAAAUAACAAGGGGAAGCAUAUGCUAACAGCAAAUUGCAUGA